AUGCCUAGAAGAAGACCCCCCAACCGUGCUCGAGAUGCUGAACUAGAACAAGAACAUGAACUGUUCUCGGUAAUCAAAGAAGUUGAAAUCUUAUCGAUUUAUUGUGUCUACAAUUAUCUAUAUCAUCAAAUUUGUACCAUUCAAGGCGGCGAUGAAUUCCGGAUCUUCGGAAGUCCACUCCUCGUGAAAAUCUCGAUGUGUUUGGGUCAAUGUGUUGUUAUCAGAUUUAUGGCAACAGUCAAACGGUUCCCUUCAUGGAUACUUAUUGGUCUGACUGUUUUUAAUUUUAUACUACGAAUGGCAUCGCUUUUCACCGACUUUGAAACUUAUUUGUACCUCAUGGCUGAUCGUGAGAACUCUCUCCUUUAUUUGAGAUACAUUGGAUUAUUGUGUUUCUUGUUCUACUUCAAAUUUAGUGUCGAAACGUUCAUAAAAGUGAUGCGAUAUCUUAUGCAGCGGCGUCACAUGUAUUGA